CAAAACAAGAUUACUUAUCAUCUUGUAAGGAACUACUGCAAAGAAACAGGUAUGUAAGUCACCACAUCGCAGUACCAUUAUGAAUCGCGUAUAGCAUAACGUACGGAUCGGAAGCCGUGUUAAAAAGCAUUCGUUUUCAAAUGUCGCAACAGUUUAAAUUAUACUGAUAGAACUAUUGAAUAUAUGAACUUCGUUUAAUCAAACUGUGCUUUAACGUCCUCUAUAUCAUUAAGUAAAUGAACAAAAAAACUACUACUUUUUAGUGGUUUAUUUGAAAUGUGGUGCAAAUAUCUUACUCUAAAACGUCUGAAUUUCUCUUUGUCUUUUCUACAUAAUUAGUUCCACCCGAGAAAUCACAAGACAAAGAAAAAUUCCGCUCCGCGCGGAAAAUUCCGCCUAGUGGAAAACAGCCUUAAAGUUUACACAAUGUUACAAUAUAAUAUAAUAUCUACACUUGCAUUUCCUUAACAGUAAAUUUAUUUUUAAUUCACUCCGGUAUAGUAAUGAUUCUCCUUCUAUUAUUUGUUCAAAAUCUGAAAGGUUACCGUUUGAACACCACAGUGAUAAAAUAUAUUCACGCGGUUUAUUAAACGGAUUCAAUGGAAAAUUCCGCCUAGUGGAAAACAGCCUUAAAGUUUACACAAUGUUACAAUGUGGUCUUGCUAAUAUUCGCAUAACUUCGUACUAUUUAUAGGUCGCUAAGCAAUGGUAUUUACCAACUGCGAAAUAAUGAUUCACUCGAACAAUAUCAAGUUUACUGUCACAUGACUGAAUUAUCUGGAUGUGGCCAAGGAGGUUGGACAUUAGUGAUGAAAGUAGAUGGGAACAAGGUACGAAUAAUCUUAGCUUGACAUAAUCUCUUCGAAUGUAUAAACAUCACAAACAAUAAUAUGGAGAAAUGAAUAAACUCUUUGCUUUGCAGAAUGAAUUCAACUACAACUCGCCUUACUGGAUAAACAAGGAAACCUACGCAGUUGAAGAUGGACUUGAAGGUUUGAAUGAAAAACAAACAAAACUUGCUUCUUACUGGAACACACCGUUUAACAAAAUAUGCCUGGGAAUGAAAGUCAAUGGUGUUACAAAACGGAUAGCGUUAAACUACACCACAAACUCGCUACGCAGUGUGAUCGAAGACGGGACUUUCAAAAAAUCAAACGUUGGAAGGGAAGCAUGGAAGUCUCUUAUCGAUGGUUCGUCUUUGGACGAAAACUGUAAUGAAGAAGGAUUCAAUAUACAAGGGGAUUAUAAGUAUUCACUCCUUUCUGUCAUAUGGUCGGGGUCCAUGAACAUACGAAUUGGUUUGGUAACAAAUAAUAAAACCAACUGCAAUAGUUAUGGCUCGUGCAUCGGCUUUGGAAUUUCAGUACGAUGCGGAGAUAACAUGAGGAGCACAACGUGCGGCAAUAUGGCUGUUUGUCGUCUGCUGAAUAAUAAGAACACGGCAGCAUUUGGAUAUAUACUCGUACAGUAGUAUUUGCAACGAAUCUAUAGGGACUAGCUGACGCGCAGAUGCAAGAAUGAAGUAUAUAGUAAACAUUUGUUAUGCAUGAUGAUCGUACUUUGUAUAUAGCUGUAUUAGUUAAAAAACAGACACCUAGAAAGAAUGGAAUAUAAAUAAUGCAUUAUAGGCCAUUAUUGGCAUCAAAUUUUUAAUUGAUUGUAUGAUUAUUCGAUUGUGUAAUGAUGAACCAUAGAUAUAGCUGGGAAUGGCGAUUAUAUAGUUUUUAACACAAAAUAUUAGAAUUGAUCCAAAGAAAGUUCAUUUAUUGUGUUGCUAUUUAUUAAUAUUGUUACUUUAAUUGCAGUUAUGUAUAUAGUCUUCUUUCAUCAAUUUGUGUUUGCAUGUCUGUUUGUGAAUAUCACCAUUUUAUAAAAGACAUUAAAAUAAAGUUGAUGGGAGGAAAAACUAAGUUUCAUAUUUAUACUAUAAUAUAAGAUAAUUUUUCAUAUCUCUAUAAUAAGGAUGGUUUUCGGAAAUAAACUUGAUACAUUUUAUGAUCUUCUUUCUCAAUGUCGAUUUUGUCAUGUUCGAUCUAUAUAGUAUAGACACCAGUAGCUGGAGUGUCGGUUCAAAUUUUAUGGUUGUAGCAGCAACCACAUUUUCAACAACUGACGACACUUGAAAUUAAACUAAAAUUGCGACAAAAAGACGAAAAUUCUAGCGAGGAAAAAUUUAUGUGAGAGGAGAAUAUUAUUCCUCAGCGGCAUAUAUUCAUGUCACACCCAAUGAAUUCGGUAUUAUGUAACUCGGGCCUAAGUUAACAGAUGUUUUAGUCUUGGCGUUGGUCGUUUCGUGUGCGCUAAUUGAUCACGUUCGACACAAAUAUCCUUAUUGGACCCAAACAGGUUUCCAUUUACAUGCUUACAAUAACACAUCUUCGCGGGCGUUUAUGAAUUAUGUCUAUAAAUGCAUGUAUACGGUAGACAGACAUUAAGUAGGCCCGCUUACUUGUCAAUAUAGCUAGCGCCGAAGAAUUAUAAACAACAUUUACAAAACAAUUAUUCUUCACGACUAAAACUCUUUAACUUAAUGUAAAUGAGUUUCACAUUAAAAGGACCUGCUAUAAAAAGCUUAGCGUUACAGUGGAAUUUCUUGUUGCCUAUUGAGUGUUUUCUUCUCUAUUAGUUACUGUAUUCUUUUCGUAAACUAGAAAAACAUUCUGUCUAAACCAUUGACUCCAUUUUAAGUGCAUACUUAUAGCCGAUCGCGGAGCGUGCAACAAAGUUUCGGCACUUUAUAUAAUUGUCACUCAGCGGGAUACAUUGCAAUUACCUAAAAUCCACGCAGCCACGUACAAAUCAGCCAAUCACGUUCAGUUUAAACUCUAUAACUAACCAAUCAUAUUGGAUGAAAACACUUUAAUUAACUGCUGGCUAGCCCGACAUUAAUGGCCUUCGAUGUACUAAAGCGAAUUGUAACAGCAUGUUCAAAGGCAGUUGAUUUGGCCAACAAGUAUACAAAUGACGAUCUACUUCAGCAUUUGCGCGUUAAUUUUCGUCUGGGCAACAGGUGAAUGCUCAUCAAAGCAAACACUCUUUCGCAGAAAGGUACAAACUUACUUGGCGAAUCAUGUUAUGGAAACAAAACAGACAGGGAGCGAGUUAGAAUGUGGUAUACUUUGCGUUGCAUAUGGGUCUUGCGCGUCAGUCAAUUAUAAAACUUCUGGAAUUGGUAAAGGUCUAUGUGAGCUCAACAAUAAGACACUUCGAGAGACAUCCGAAGACGAUGAGGAAACGAACUCUGAAUUCAACCACCUUUAUGUCGUUAAUAAAAAGGUUAGAAAAUUUAAGCAUUAAUCUUUACUGUUGUAUAUGCGACCCAGAAUUAUGGUUGCAAGUGUACAGGUGUAUUGAAAGUAUAUAGCCGACUUGUUACAAUUUACAAGUUUUCUGGAGUAUAGGGAAGAAAAAAGUCAGGAAACCCGCAUUACAUGCAUGUCACAGGAGCAAAUCUAGGGAAAAUUGCGUAUAAAGACAGAUUAAGAGCCUUAAGAAGUGCUACCUGUAGCCUACAAAGUUUUGAACAAGUGAAGUUUUAGGUUUGUACAUGUCGAAGCUAUAGCUACACCAUAUCCAAACGUGUAGAAUGUAUAUAUUUUCUUUGGGCGUUUAUGAAUUAUGUCUGAAGGCAUGUAUAGACAGACAUGAAGUAGGCAUGCUUACUUGUCAAUAUAUUGGUAUAUGGUAGAAAUAAUUAUAUAAAAAAAAUUCAGAUUUGCAGGCAAAUGUCAAAUGCAUCAUGUCAGCCGUUUAAGCGGGAUGAACUUCUCUUGUGUUUAUAAGAGAAAAUAUCAUCCGAUUGCCGGGACAAUUGUGUUAUUUUGACAUUGUUUGUUAUUUUGACAUGAGUUUUUAUUAAAUUGCUUGCGGCGGCAUCCUUGAAUAACGAGUUAAUUAUAAUAGCUUGCGGCGGCAUCCUUGAAUAACGAGUCAAUUAUUCCAUCCUUUCGUUUUAUACUUAUUUCGGUGGAUAAUGUUUUGAAAACACUAAUUAUAGGCGCACGUCUUGACAAAAUCUAGUCUAGAAUAAUAUAUUCUUAUUUUUUACAUAAUUUUUCUUAUUUUAAGCAAUUAUUUCUUAUUCCAUCCUAAAAUAAUAUUCUUAUAAUUAGAAAAAAUCUUGAAAUGAAGUUUAAUAUUAUUAAUCGCAUAGUAUCAAAACCUUUCUUUGGGAAAUUUUAGCAUGGCUAACACGAGAUAUGAUAUUGAAUUGAACUAUGAUUGAAUAAACAUCGUUCUAUUGUAGUAUACAUCUUUCUAGUUUUUUGUCAAAUUUGAAGCUGAACGGCGCUUUCCUAAUUUGUCGCAGUAUUUUUGCCGGAAACAGUUACCGAAAGAAAGUGAAUUCAACAUGGCGGAUAUCACAAUGAAUACAGUAUGGCUAAAAAGUAACAAUUAUAAUAUACGAAUUCAAAUCAUUUGUAACAAUCGCCUUUCUGCACUUUAAUGGAGAUGGUCUCAUUAAUCUCUAGGAAAUAUAUUUUGUGAGUUUUAGUGUAUUUUCUAAUUUAAGAAUUAUUUUCUUGUCAAUAUUUCCCAGACCAGUAAAUAAUUAAAAUUGUGGAAUAUUCGAAGUCUUGUGUAUGACCAGUCUUGCCCCCCCCCCCCAAUAAAUUAAGGUACAUUUGGUUAAAAUGAGUUUGUUGUCAGUGAUAUUACCUGCCAAAUCCAUUAUUUGCAAUUGCAUGGAUUUGAAUUAGCACCUCCUAUAUGGCUUUGGCCAAGGCUAGCUAGGGCCCCUUCCCUGUCAAACUCUAUACCUGCAAUACAUUUCAUAUUAUAUAGAAAUGGAAUGUAUACAUAUGUGUAUUUAGGCUUUAAGUAUUGCCAAGUAGUAGGUUAAGGGACUAAUUCCCAUGCAAGCGGGAUGUAUAUAUUCUGCAUCAUAACGGAUACCUUGGGUCCUUCAGACGACUACUGAUGUUUUCUUUUGCGUCAAUUGACAACAAGUCAUGUCAAAAACUAAUUUUGCACUGGGAAUUUUUUGGGGGUGCUGUAAAUUCUAGGGGUAUCCUGCCCUCCAGUAAAGCUAAACAAAUUUGAGGGGAAAAAUCCCAAUCAAUUCAAAUAUCACAUAUAUAUUCCAUUAAUACUACAAAAUUUGAAAACUACAGCUAACAUGCAUGCAUACUUAUAUACAUAAGUCACAAAUGCAAAUAGUACUUCAGCGGUAUAUAAAAUAUUCUGUUCCUGAAUGGAAUAAACAUUAUAAUCUAGCAAAGUAUUUAUAUUAGAAAACUUGCUUAUUCCGUUUGACAAGUCUUCGACCUGGUAGGCCAUCAAGGCUUCAUCAAAUAUGAUUGUUUUGUAUGGUAUGUACUCAAAAAGACAUAGUCAUUUAUUAACCAAAUUGAUUUCAGUUUACCAAAAACUGGCAAUCAUGGGGAUAAAAGUGGCAUUCACAACUACAACACACAUUUUAUGGGACACAUACUUGGUUCCAUAAACCUUGAUCGACAUUGCCAUAUACACUUUUGUCAGCAUCUUGCAUGGUAUUGGCAAACAAUUCUGCCACAAUAAUACUUUGUAAUACAUCUUUCUCUUCUUCCUCAUUUGUUGGCCCCAAUUCUUUUUCACCAGCAAAUAGUGGAUUGUUACUCGGAUUUUCAUUGCUGAAGUCAGCGCAGUCAUCGUAUAUCACAGGCGGCCCAAUCUUACCCUGUGUUAUUAAUUACGUUAUAUCUUUAUAUAAAUAGUAUAUUGAAAAUUAUUAGAAAAUUCUGUGUUAUUAAUUUAUUACGUUAUAUCUUUAUAUAAUAGUAUAAUGAAAAGCACUUACAUGUGUUUCUUGAAAGAUUUUAACGAGAACCGGCCAAGAUUGGCGUUGACAAGUAUUACGCUAAAUUACGCGACUUCCCUGAAAAAUACUCUUACUUCAAAUGUCAGUUUUAUGUCACAAAAACUGCUAAAAAUAGCAAACGUAAACAAACUGGCAAAAGACAUUUUAAAUCGUAUUUAAUACCAAAACUGAACAAUGAGCUAGAUAACUUAGAUAUACUAACUAAAUCACUAUACAAACCAUCACAACAGAAAUAUGUGCCGUGAAUAACUUUUAAAGUUUGAAAAAUAACAAUUUAUUCUGGCCGAUUUAGCUUCCGUAUAAAACACGCGCGCUAGACUAUAACGAUAUGUUAUGAUUUUGUUUGUGCUUAAAUUUUGCAAUAAUUCUCACUAAAAUAUCUUGAAAAUCAUUGUAAGCAUGUUUAUAUAAAGCAUACAAAGCAUAUACAUCGACAAGGAACCGCAAAACUCAAAGUUUAAACUUCGUGACCGAAUGACAUAAAACUGACAUGUCAACUCUAGCAUUUUCGUCCUUGGUCGUGUAAUUUGGAAAACGGGUGUAAUGUGAACUUCCCAACUAAGGUGUUCAUCCAACUCAACUCCUAAACAUUUAAAAGAUCUGUACCGUUUUAAUGGUUUAUUCUUAAAGGUCACUAAUUUAUCUCCAAUUUUAUUUUUGAUAUUGUACCGGGAGCCUAUGAACAUUAGCUUAGUUUUAGUAGUAUGGUGUUGCAGUUUGUUAUCCGAGAGCCACCUACUAAUAUUUUUCAAAUCAGAGUUUAAUAGUUCCACCAGUUCAUCAUAAUUAUCAGACGAGGCAAAUAUCUGCGUAUCAUCAGCAUAUAAACCCGGAGUUGUAAAUUUUAAAUAUUGCGGCAAAUCAUUAAUAUAUAAUAAAAACAUCAAAGGACCGAGAAUGGACCCCUGCGGCACACCACUUUCUAUGGAUUUCCAAGAGGAUAUAUGUAGUGCAUAUGUGCAUAUAUAUGUAGUGCAUAAGUAGUGCAUCUGUGGGGUAACAUUUACCAUUGGAAACAGCUCCUUGAAUUGCUUUAAAUGAGUCUUUAUUGUGUCCUCCAGUUGUUGAACUGUUGUCUGCCUGACAACUGGUGAGAAGCAUAUCAGUACAAUUGAUUGCAUUUGCAAUAUCAACUGAAAAUGCGGAUUUUCUUCACCAACAUAUCUUCGAAUGCAAAAGGGCAAGUAUUUUAGAAAAAUACUUGCUUGCUCUGCAGUUUGCUUUAGUUUAUACUUUUCCUGACCAUUGAAGAAGAGCUAGAUCUUGGCCUCAUCUUGAUACUGAAUGCUAAGGGAACUGAAAGCACGGUUGAGCUGGUUUAGGGUAAAGAAUCCAUUGUCUAUAAAGUACUGAAUCACGUGACGAAGUUCGUACUGGACAGAACCUUCCAAAAGGACAUGCAUGAUAUCUUGUGGAAGCUGCUUGGUGAUGUCAAAGUCUGGAAGUUUGCUCAGGAGACUUCGAUUCACAAUGUCGUAUGUUGUUUCAAGAUCUUUUUGAGCUUGAAGGGUAGGGGGAGCUACAAUUCUCAACCACACCUUUUUGCUGGGUUAUUGGCCCACAUGGAUGGGCCAUCUAAUAAUUGGCAUCGACAAUUUCACACGUUAGUAUUACAGUUAUAUUAACAUAGAUGGUUUUUGAUGACGAACAUACUUUUCUUUUUAACCCAUUGAGUGGCAGCACUCUCCACUUGACGAGUAAAAUCGUUUGGCGUUAGACGGAGUAAAAUACUCUGGCGUUAGACAGAGUAAAAUACUAAAUCAGGGUGCAUUGCCACUCAAAGGGUUAAUAAUAAAUCCUGGCAGAUCUGAGAACAUUGCAUUUGCCAGGAAAACAGGGGCAAAGAGUUUAAGAACUAAACAGAUUUGUUUAGAAAUGUUAACAACUCAAAUUUGCAGUUGCACUCUGAAUAUGUUUAACCUCUCCAUCAUUAGUUUUUUGCUAUUACAUUUAAAACUGAUUCAUUAAAUCUGGUAUUCUCUGGUGUCAGACCACUGUGGUGGUUUUAGUAUUUGCAUUCCACUAAUUCAAGUUAGCAAGUAAUAUCUGUACUGACUGUACAAUGUCACACCGUAUAAGAAUAGAAUGAAAUCAGGUUGGCAAAGUGAGCUAGCUUUAGCUAAGUAACUAGGAUUGCUCACUUCCAUAGUUAUAAAACCCUCUAACUAGUAUAUGAAUUUGUGGUUGUUAAAGUAUUUGUUCUGAACUGUAAUAAUUUCAGCAAGACAUUGGGGAUUUGGAAUUACUGUCAGAUACUUCAGAUAACCAAUUUACACAACGUUCUUCAACUCUGGAUAAAACUUCUUCAACCCAGCUGCCAUCAUCACCUGAUCCAAUAUUUGUUCCAAAAAGAUCCCGACUCCCAUCCUCUUUUAGCUUUUCUUCUAUACCUUCAACCCCUACAUCAAGUCAAAGUUCAUCGCCCAUACUGCUAACAUCACCAUGCACACCAGGAAAUCAAUGUCCAGCAGAUGAUGUUGAUGUUGUAAAAUCUCAACCGUCCCCAGCCUUUGUUGUGUACUGUGACAGUGAGAUGAGUUAUGCUGCCAAAACUGACAGCAUGUCUGAUGCACUGUUCAGCAGAUCAAUCAGUAUCAUGAUUGAAUAUUUAACAGUUAACCUGCGAACUCGAGUCGCUAAGAGCAGUCAUAUGCGACGAGAGUGAGUAGAAAUAUAAUGCUAACGGUAACUUAUGAGCAACAGGAGAUUGUUGCUAUGCAUGGAUAAUACAGUAUGUGUAUCAAUACAACAGUGCCUGUUUCGUCAAUAAACAAGUUUAUUGAAUUGAAAAACCUAAUCUCUAAUAUAUCUUCACUAGCUACUUGCAUGAGCAGCGUGAAUAUAGCCAGCGAACUAGUAUAUCCUUCAAGCAGAUUAUCAUUUUGCAUAUUGAUUUCUAGAAACCUCAAGAACCAGUUCCAACCACGUCUCAGAUAACACAAAAAUCAUCAUCUGCAGGUAAGGCUUAAAUUGUAAAAGCAUAUACUUGAAAUACAUUAUAUACACGAAUACAAGGACUGACAUCAUGUCCAAGUAAAAAACUGGUUGUGCAGUAGGCGAAAGUUCGUGGUAAUUGCAAACUAUAUAUUCCACAAUCUAUAUACGCUAUUUUUCUAUCAAAAUUAUUCGCUAACUCGCCCUAUCAUUAAAGCCAGUGAAUAUUCAAGAUGAUACUUGACAAUAAUUCUUCUGGUGACUGUGGGGUGACAUGCACUCAUGUCAUAAAUAAUACUUGUAUUUAAAUUCCAAGUAAUAUGCUAAUCUUUAUAAUAAACAGCAGGUUCAUGCAACAACUCGAUUAUGAAGGGGUAUUUUAAAAAAUAUUAAUGUUUGUACUGUAGUUAACUUUCGCACUUUUUUAUAGAAGAAGAUUCCACAACUCAACCAACAAGUAAGUUCACAGUACGGAUUACCAACUCAAUCAAUAUAUUUUUAAAAGUAUUCAAAAAAGCUCAUUAAUAAUCCAUCAGGGAAAUACAAAGGAAAUUGCUGCACGCUGUGUCGGUGGUUUUAUAUACGAUAAAAAAUCAUGUUAAUCUACGUAAACUUUAGCUUUCAUUUUCUCGGCUCAGACCACCGUAUAUUUUUAAAAUUAUACUUCCCCAAUGAACUCGUGAGAUGGGUUGUUUUUUAAGCCAUUUAAAACACUCCCAUCAUUUCCGUGCUUUAUCAGAUAUAAAACACUCGAGCUGCGCUCCAGUAUUUUAUAUUAUAUAAAGCACUAGCUCCUGCUCAUCCGUUUCAAAAUAGUACUCAAUGUUUGUAGUAACUUUCAUAAUGAACUUCUUCUUUAUAGCAGAAGGUUCCACAACUCAACCAACAAGUAAGUUCAUGAUGGAUCAAAUUAGCUAGUGUAAAGUAUUUCAAUGAUAAAAAUAAUGCGAAUUGCCAACCCCGUACGAUUUUUACACGACACACUGUCUCUUACAUAGACUCGUAAACAAAGAAAUUAAUUACAUUAAUUAAAAUAAAAAAAAUGAUUUGAAUAUUUGUGCGGUUUGAAAAUGCACGUCUCGAAUUGCUAAUAAUAUAAUAUUUUCGAUGAAGUGAUUGCGCAGCAGGAGAAACGUCAUGGUAAUUCCGAAAUUCUAUUCUAUAAUCUACGCUAUUUUUUAUCAGAAAUAUUUGCUUACUCGCCCUAUAUUAAUUGAAACCAGUGAAAAAUUAAGAUAACUCUUGACAAUAAUUUUUUGACGUGAACUCACAUGCCAUUUAAAUAAUAUUUGUAUAUUUAAUUUCCGCACUUUAAUUGUAGCAAAAUCUAUUUACAACAUUUCGCAACGAAACUUCAGAAUAUUACAAAUUUUGUGAUGCUCUUUCAAGCUGUGAUGAAAUUUUAUCUAGACUUGUCUAGAUCAAAAUUUUGUUUAUUAGGCAAUAGGUCCAUUAACAACUCAAUCUAUAGCGUAUUUUAGAAAAUAUUAACGUUUCAUGUGAACUUCUUCUUUAUAUAGCAGAAGGUUCCACAACUGAACCAACAAGUAAGUUCACAAAACAAGGAGGAAUUUCGUUCUUGACCAAUCAAUGCAUUUGUUGACAUUUUCGCUCUAAGCCAAUCAGAAUGCGUAAUUGCUUACUACUUCCGGUAAAAACACACAUUUGAACAGAAAAUAUAGGGUGUUAAAUACAGCUUCGAGGGGGUCAGGAUUUUUAAUUUUUUUUAUUGGAUUUAACGUGACAAGGUAAAAUAAGAAAUUUUCUAAAAAUUUGCGGCUGCGAUUUGCGUUUUAUUGCCUAGUUUUAAAGUUAUCGACAUUCCAACAAUGUAUAAAAAGUGCGUAAGUUCGAAUGCCGAUAAUUUUAGAACCGUAGGCAAUAAAACGCAAAUCGCAGCGGCAAAUUUUUAGGAAAUUUCUUAUUUACCUUGUCACGUCAAAUCCAAUAAAAAUUUAAAAUCUUGACCCCCUCGAAGCUUUAUUUAAGACCCUAAAUAUUCUGUUCAAAUGUAUGUUUUUUACCGGAAGUGGGCUUUCUGUGCUCGCAGAGAAACUACCGACAAUAACGAAUUACGCAUUCUUAUUGGCUUAGAGCGAAAUUGCCAACAAAUGCGCUGAUUGGUCGAGAACGAAAUCCCCUCUUGUUAGUUCACAAUGGAUCACGCGUUAGCCAGUAGGCCUAUAAAACAUUUCAGCGAUAAAUUAAUGGGAAUUGUCAACGUCCGUACGAUUUUUACAUGACUCACUGUCUCUCAUAGAGUCGUGAACGAAGAAAUUAAUUAAAUUAGCUAUUUAAAUUAAUUAAAUUAGACAUUUCUGAGUUUUAAAAAUGCAUGUUUCGAAUUGGUAAUAAUAAUAUUUUCAAUGAAUGCGAACUUCUAUUCCAUAAUCUACGCUAUAGGCAAUUCCAGCUUUUAGUUUAUGCGUGCAGGGGACGAUGGGAAGUAAGGUAUCACAUUGCUGAUUAUGCUGAAAAAAUAAAAAUGGUGGCCGUGUAAACACGGAGUGAUAACUUAUACUUGUAAAUAUUUCGGUUGUUUCGGUAGUUUUUAUUGACAUUUUUCAGCAUAAUCAGCAAUAUGAUACCUUACUUCCCAUCAUCCCCUGCAGGCAUAAACUAAAAGCUGGAAUUGCCUAUUCUUGUCAAAAUUAUUCGCUCAUUCGCCGUAUAUAUAAUUGAAGUCAGUGAAAAUGUAAGAUGAUACAUAACAAUAAUUCUUUUUAUGCAUAACGUGAACGCACAAACCAUAAUAUUUGUAUCUAUAUAAUUUCCACAUAAUAUGCUAUAUAACAUUUAUAGCAAAAUCUAUUCCGAGAUAAACAGAAGGUUUAUAACAACUCGAUCAAUAUAGCGUAUUUUAAAAACAAUAUCAACGUUUGAAAUCAACUUUCAUAAUGUGAACUUCUUCUUUAUAGCAGAAGGUUCCACAACUCAACCAACAAGUAAGUUCACAAUGGAUCAUGCGUUAGCUAGUGUAUAAAAUAUUACAGUGAUAAAAAUAAUGCGAAUUGUCAACCUCCAUACGAUUUUUACACGACUCACUGUCUCUUAUAGAGUCGUACAAAACAAAUAAAUUAAAUAAAUUAAAUAAAUUAAAAUAAUAAAAUGACUUGACAUUUGUGCGGUUUGACUUGUAAUAAUACUUCAGGGUGAUUCCGAACUUCUAUUCCAUAUUCUUAUACGCUAUUUUUUAUCAAAAUUAUUUGCUUAACUAUAUUAAUUGAAUGCCAUAUAAAUAAUAUUUGUAUAACUAAUUAACUUCCACGUAUAUGCUAAACUUAAUUUAUAACUAGAAAUACAUGCAUGCAGUAACCCCUCGCCAAUAUUUUCCAAACAUUAAAUUAACAUGAAGUAUUCAGAAAUGACCAACACUGAACGCAGGCUCGCGCUCAAGUGUUGCCAUGACAACACGAUAUUCUUAAAUUUUUAAUUUUUUCAUAUUUUUUGUACCACUGCAAAAUAGUUGAAAGAUUCGUACUUUUAACUAUACAACAAUAAAUUUCCGAAAUAUAUACUGUAGGUAUAUUAUUUUGCAUUUUGUGAGCUUUGAUUUAAUGUAAAAUUUAACUUGAAACGCUUUGUAAAAUGUUUUGAAAUGUUCAUUCAACUAAACUACAUUUUGCCGAUAAACUGUUUUUACUUAAUAAAACAUAAUAAGUUUAAAACAAAUAAAACAAAUUGUUAGGUAAUUUCAGUUCAGUCUUCAAAUCAAUUUGUUCGCCUUUACAUUUUAAGAUUUUAUCUCAAAUUAAACGGAAAUUUAUGAUACUUAGAGCUUCGUUGAAAAGGAAAACAAUUCAUGUUUUUAGGCAAAAAGUUCAGGCAACAAAAUUCGUAAACAUUAAAUAUGCAAAGCAAACUUGCCGUAUAUUUCACGAUUUCCCAUAGUAAAUCAAUUCUUCUCAUUUCUUCAAACAAAUUGCUUCAAGCUUGUUGUAUAUCAAACGAUUUUCCAAAUAUAUGUCUUUUAAAAUUGAAAUCUUGUUUAUCCCACUCCUACAAGCAAUCAGCCAUAUUUUUGAGAUCAGUGAGGAUGAUCACCCACUCAAGAUCGUUGGUCACGCCCGCGAUCAUUGAUGAACUUUAAUUUAGACUUCGCUAAUGCUUUCGUUUCCCCGGGUGUAAAUAGCCGGGGGGAAUUAGUACCCUCGCCCGGAACGGCGCUCCGCGCCGUUGGCCCGGGGACAAAAUAUAUAUUCCGAGAAAAACAGAAGGUUUAUAACACAUACCUGUAUAGGGUAUUUAAAAAAUAUAUUAACGUUUGCAAUCAACUCUCAUACUGUCAUACUCAACUUCUUCUUUAUAGCAGAAGGUUCCACAACUCAACCAACAAGUAAGUUCACAAUGGAUCACGUUAGCUAGUGUAUAAAGUGUUUCAGUGAUAAAAAUAAUGUCAACCUGCGUAUGAUUUUUACAUGACUCACUGUCUCUUAUAGAGUCGUAAACGAUGAAAUCUAUUAAAUUCAUUAAAAUAAAGACUAGACAUUUGUGAUGUUUGAAAUUGCACGUCUAGUCACAUUAUUACAUAUAGAGGAUAUUACACGGCGGCGCAAAGAUAUGACUUUUAUCUUCGAGUGGUGAAAACAAUAUUAUACGAACGAGCCCAGCGAGUGAGUAAAAUAUUGUUUUAACACGAGAAGUUAAAAGUCAUAUCUCCAAGCCACCGUGUAAUGUUCUGUUUAUUAUAUAUAGUCCCAAGCAAAAAAUUGUGAAAUUUCACGGUCAAAAGCAAAUUGGAAAAAGUCACGUGAUCGAUAUCUUCAAGUAGUGAAGAUAUGGAAAAUAUCUCACUGCAUGUGUAUAUUUUUUCGUAUCUCACUCUCUACUGUAUAAUAAAUAGGUUUGCAUAGUUUAGAGAAUUGCAUUUUACUCUGUUUAGAAAAUCAAGAACUGUCAUCAUCUUGUAAAGAAUUGCUGCAAAGAGAGGGGUAAUGUAACUCACCAGAUUACAGUAUACCAUUAUUGCAUGUGGCAUAAUGAGAGCCUUAAUGAAAAGUAUUCGGUAAAUGUCGUGUUAGGCAUCGUAGUUGUCUCUAUAUGCCAAAUAAAGGGACUUUAAUUUCAAACUAUGCAUGCAAUAUUAUAAUGAAGUUAAUUUAAUUUAAUCAAACUGUGUUUUAAUGUCCUCUACACCAUUAAGCAAAUAAACAAAAGAAUCAGUAAUUUUUAGUGGCAUAUUCGAAACGUGGCUUAUUCGAAACGAUGUUUCUCAACGACCAGAUUAUAAUAGUUUUUAGUAUAAUUACAUAGGUGAUUAUUGAAAAUUCUCCACGCUGAUUGGUUGCCAUAAUCACCUAAGCGAUUUUCAAAAUGGCGGUCGAAGCCGUUUUGUCAAUUAAAUGACGAAGAAAUGUGCAUUUUAAAAUUUGUUUCCAAAUAAUCACCUAUGAAAUUAUACUAAAACAAUUAUUCACCUCAGGCUCGGUGAUUAUCGUGAAUAAAAACCUCGACUUCGUCUCGGUUUUUAUUCACCGAUAAUCACCUCGCCUUCGGCGAAUAAUUGUUAAAUACUUGUAAACCACAUAUAAAUUAUGAGUAUUCUCAGCUAGUUAUAAUCACUCCGCGUAUUUUCAGUUCUAAAAUGUUGAAUUUCGGCUGAUGAGAAAGAUCGUGGCUCAAUCUUUACGACCGUUACGACCAUAUGGAAACCAGGCUUAAAGUUUACACAAUGUUACAAUGUGUGGUCUUGUUAAUAUUCACAAAAUUACUUCGCACUAUUUAUAGGUCACUCAGCAAUGGUGCUUACGACUUACGAAAUACUGAUUCACUCGAACAAUACCAAGCUUACUGUCACAUGACUGAAUUAUCUGGAUGUGGCCAAGGAGGUUGGACACUACUGAUGAAAGUAAAUGGGAGCAAGGUACGAAUAAUCUUAGCUUAACAUAAUCUUUUCGAAUGCACAUAAACAUGCAUGACAAGCAAUAACAUAUAGAGAAAUGAGUAAACGUGUUGCUUUGCAGAAUGAAUUCAACUACAGCUCUCCUUACUGGACAAACAACGAAACCUACGCAGUUGAAGAUGGACUUGAAGGCUUGAAUGAAAAACAAUCAAAACUUGCUUCCUACUGGAACACACCGUUUAACAAAAUAUGCCUCGGAAUGAAAGUCAAUGGUGUUACAAAAUGGAUGGCGUUAAACUACACCGCCAACUCGUUACACAGUGUGAUGAAAGAGGGGACUUUCAAAAAAACAAAGAUUGGAAAGGUAGCAUGGACAUCGCUUAUCGAUGGUUCGUCUUUGCAAGAAAACUGUAAUGAAGAAGGAUUUAAUAUUCAAUGGAAUCACAAGUAUGGAACGUCGCAAAUGAAGAUACGAAUUGGUUUGAUAGCAAAUAAUGACAACAACUGCAAUGAUUGUGACUCGUGUAUUGGCUUUGGAACUUCAAUACGUGGAUGCUGGGAUGACGUAAGGACCACAACGUGUGGUAAUAUGGCCUUUUGUGGUUAUUUUAAUCAAAGAAACACGGAAGCAUUAGGGUAUAUACUUGUACACUAG